UCCAUUGUGACAAAUGCCACAAAAAGUUCGUCACUGGCAUAUUUAUAUCGUACUUUUUAUCUAAUUUUACCAAUUUUAACUAGCAAAAACUGUGUUAACGGCACCCAAAUUGUGAUUGAUUGUGUGGAAACUUAGUAAAAUAGCGUCGUAGGGAUAACAAAAUAUGGCAAAACCUCAUUACAUUUAUGAGUUGCCAGAGAACGAAGAGAAGAGACUAGAAGAACUGUUUGCCAAAUUAGACCUCGAUGGCAACGGCAAAAUCGACAUUCACGACUUGUCCGAGGCACUAAAGGACUCAAAGUUUGGGCAGCAAUAUGCCGAGAAAUUCAUCAUGAUGUCUGAUGGCAACAAAAGUGGCGAUGUCGGUUUGGCGGAGUUCCUGCAUUACAUGCGCGAGCACGAGAAGAAAUUACGGCUUCAAUUCUCGACGCUGGAUCGAAAUCGUGACGGCACUGUGGACCUGGACGAGAUGGUUGAUGCAUUUAAAGAGCUGGGAAUCGAAGUUGAACGAAGCGAAGCGGAAAAAUUGCUGCGUCGCAUGGAUCAAGAUGGCUCGCUGACAAUAACGUAUGACGAAUGGCGCGAUUUUCUUAUGCUGGCACCCGUGACAGACAUCCAGAGCCUGCUGACGUACUGGCGGCACAGCACGUACUUAGAUAUCGGCGAAGACAUGAAUGUGCCUGACGACUUUACGCCGAGCGAAUUGCAAACGGGCAAAUGGUGGCGACAUCUAGCGGCGGGAGGUAUAGCGGGAGCUGUUUCUCGUACUUGCACCGCCCCCUUGGAUCGACUCAAGGUCUUUUUGCAAGUGCAAUCAACGAAAUUACGAAUCUCCGAGUGUUACAGGUACAUGAUGAAGGAAGGCGGUGCCUUGAGCUUUUGGCGCGGCAACGGAAUAAAUGUGCUAAAGAUCGCACCUGAGAGUGCCAUCAAGUUUGCGGCGUAUGAACACAUCAAGCAUCUCAUCAGAGGCAACGAAACACGACCGAUGGAGAUGUACGAGAGAUUUAUUGCGGGUGCAUUGGCCGGAGCAUUCAGUCAAACGGCGAUUUAUCCGAUGGAAGUGCUGAAAACGAGACUGGCGUUGCGGAAAACGGGACAGUACAAGAGUAUCGGGGAUGCGGCGAGGAAAAUUUAUGCUCGUGAGGGACUCCAAAGCUUUUAUCGCGGCUAUCUGCCUAAUAUGUUGGGCAUUUUACCGUAUGCUGGCAUCGAUCUGGCCGUGUAUGAAACGCUCAAGAAGAAGUAUACGUCUCAUUAUCAACAGGAGACUCCUAGUUUUUACGUUUUAUUGGCGUGUGGCAGUAUAUCUAGUACUUUGGGACAGGUGUGCUCUUACCCACUCGCACUCGUGCGAACUCGCCUGCAAGCACAAACGAUCACGGCAACGCCGAAUGCCGACGGAACCGCAACCAUCCAUCAAGAAGGCAUGACCUCGACGUUCCGUCGCAUCAUCCAAAACGAAGGUUUUGCCGGACUUUAUCGCGGAAUUACGCCCAAUUUCAUCAAAGUCCUGCCAGCUGUGUCAAUCAGUUACUGCGUGUACGAGUACUCGUCACGGGCACUCGGCGUAAAUAUGACCUGAUUGCCUUUCGCGUUCAUCCAAUUCUUCUGUCUCUGUUUUUCUUCCACCGUUUCCUGUAUUAUUUCUCAUUUACCACGCACUUCCUUCCAACUUUACAUACAUAUUGUGAUUUUCACCCAUCAUUAAAAAAACUCUCUUCUCACCAUAUUUAAAAAAAAAUAAAAGAAAUUGCUUAAAAUGUUAUCUUAAAGAAAAAAAAAUCAAGUUCGAUGCGCAAAAAUAUGACAAAAAAAAAAAAACUUUCCAAGAAUAUUUACCCAAAAUAAAAAAAAUGUACUAACGAAAUUUAUUAAGGCUUAUAUUUCAUGAAAAGAAUGCAUUUCUCUAAAAAAGAAAAAAAUGUACCUAUUUAAAUUAUUUUUAUCAAAUUUAAGAUUGUAGACUAGAAAUUUCUAAAAAAAAUGAAUUAUAUUUCGUCGUUGUUGCUACAAAAAAAAAAAAAAAUAGAUAAUAAAUUUCUUUUAACUUCUUGAUGAUGACAAAAAUCCUCGAAGUAGAGACCAAACUAC